AUGCGGGGGGACCACGAGGACCGGUCGGCCGAGCGGCGGGCGCUGCUAUUGCCGCUGCUGUGGCUGCUGCUGCUGCUGCUGUCCCGGGUCGAGGCGCUACAGCCAGGCGAGCUGUUUCCCUACGGGGAGUCCUGGGGGGACCAGCUUCUGCAAGAAGGCGACGACGAGAGCUCAGCCGCCGUGAGGCUGGCGAUUCCCCUGCGCUUCUACGGCGUCCAAUUCAGUGACCUCUACGUGGGCACCAAUGGCAUCAUCUCCACCCAGGACUUCCCCAGGGAGACCCAGUAUGUGGACGAUGAUUUCCCCACAGACUUCCCUGCCAUCGCCCCCUUCCUGGCCGACAUCGACACUAGUCACGGAAGGGGUAGGAUCCUGUACCGAGAGGAUACCUCCCCAGUGGUGCUGGGUCUGGCUGCCCGCUAUGUGCGCGCCGGCUUCCCGCGCUCCGCCUCGAACUUCUCUCCCACCCACGCCUUCCUGGCGACCUGGGAGCAGGUGGGAGCCUACGAAGAGGUCAUAGGAGGGGCGCCGCCCUCGGGGGAGCUAAAUACUUUCCAGGCAGUUUUGGUAUCUGAUGAGUCUGAUACCUACGCCCUCUUUCUUUAUCCUGCUAAUGGCCUUCAGUUCUUUGGAACCCGCCCCAAAGAGUCUUACAACGUCCAACUGGAGCUUCCAGCCCGGGUGGGCUUCUGCCGAGGGGAGGCCGAUGAUCUGAAGAGAGAAGGACCAUAUUUCAGCUUGACCAGAACUGAGCAGUCUGUAAAAAACCUCUAUCAACUAAGCAACCUGGGGAUUCCUGGAGUGUGGGCUUUCCAUAUCGGCAGUACCUCCCCAUUGGACAAUGUCCGGCCAGCAACAGUUGGAGGGGAACUUUCCAAAGCCCACUCUUCAGCUUCUCUGGAACAUUCCUUCAACCAUGCUGCAGCCCUGGAAAGUGACUAUACCGAAGACAAUCUGGAUUAUUAUGAUGAGAAUGAAGAGGAUGUUGAAUACCCCCCAAGUGAACCAGAGGAGACAGAGAAUGGCCAUGGCUCUGUGGAUGUUUCCUUCCACUCAAAAGUUGAUUCAAGAACUUCAGGAGAAUCUGCCACCUCGUAUCCUCAAACUAAAGAGGGGAUAUCCCUGUGGAAGACAGAUACUCCAAAUUUAAAUGGCCAAGUUGAGCCUUUUGAACAGACAGAGACCAGAAGCCCAACUACACCAGAGAAAGACAGAGAUUCACUGGAUCCUUCUCGGGAAGCCUCACUACCCAACCUUGAAAAUGAACAUGUCCAGCCCUACCCAGAUGAAGGGGCAGUGCCUUCAGAAAUGGAUGUUCCUCCCGCUCACCCUGGAGGAGUUCUUCCACAUUAUCCCUUGCCAGAUCACACUGCACCUCGGAGUGGCAGGAGGUAUGUUGUAGGAGUGGAAGACAACAUUGGUUCCAACACUGAGGUCUUCACAUACAAUGCUGCCAACAAGGAAACCUGCGAACAAAACCACAGACAGUGUUCGCAGCAUGCCUUCUGCACUGACUACAGCACCGGCUUCUGCUGCCACUGCCAGUCCAGGUUUUAUGGAAAUGGGAAGCACUGCCUGCCAGAAGGGGCACCUCAUCGAGUCAAUGGGAAAGUGAGUGGCCACCUUCACGUGGGCCACACACCCGUGCACUUCACCAACAUGGACCUGCACGCUUACAUCGUGGGCAAUGACGGCAGAGCCUACACGGCCAUCAGCCAGAUCCCACAGCCUGCAGCUCAGGCCCUUCUUCCCCUUACACCCAUUGGAGGCCUGUUUGGCUGGCUCUUCGCUUUAGAAAAACCAGGCUCGGAGAAUGGAUUCAGCAUCACUGGUGCUACCUUUACCCAUGACAUGGAAGUUACUUUCUACCCAGGAGAAGAGAGGGUUCGUAUCACUCAGACUGCCGAGGGACUUGACCCAGAGAACUAUCUGAGCAUUAAGACCAGCAUUCAAGGCCAGGUGCCUCACAUCCCAGGAAAUUUCACAGCCCACAUAGCUCCCUAUAAAGAGCUUUACCACUACUCUGACUCAGUCGUGACCUCCACAAGUUCCAGAGACUAUUCUCUCAUAUUUGGUGCCAUCAACCAAACACGUUCCUACCACAUCCACCAAAACAUCACGUACCAGACCUGCAGGCAUGCCCCCAGACACCAGGCCAUCUCCACCACGCAGCAGCUGAAUGUGGACCGGGUCUUUGCCUUGUACAAUGAUGAAGAAGGAGUGCUUCGAUUUGCUGUGACCAAUCAAGUUGGCCCUGUUGAAGGAGAUUCAGACCCUGCUCCAGUGAAUCCUUGCUAUGACGGCAGCCACACAUGUGACACAACAGCACAAUGUCAUCCAGGGGCAAAUGUAGCCUACACCUGUGAGUGUGCACCUGGAUACCAGGGAGAUGGACGGAGUUGCGUAGAUGUAAAUGAAUGUGCAACCGGCCUCCAUCGCUGUCGCCCCAACUCUGUGUGUAUCAACUUGAAGGGCAGCUACAAGUGUGAAUGCCGGAGUGGUUAUGAGUUUGCAGAUGACCGGCAUACUUGCGUCUAUGUUGAUGAAUGCGUGGAAAAUAGAUGUCACCCUGCAGCUACCUGCUACAACACCCCCGGUUCCUUCUCCUGCCAUUGUCAACCUGGAUAUCACGGGGAUGGAUUUCAGUGCACACCUGACUCCACCUCAGGACUGAAACCCUGUGAAUACCAGCAGCGCUAUGCCCAGGCACAGCCAGCCUAUCCUGCGUCCCCACUCCACAUCCCCCAGUGCGAUGAGCAGGGCAACUUCCUGCCCCUGCAGUGUCAUGGCAGCACAGGCUUUUGCUGGUGCGUGGACCAAGGUGGCCAUGAAGUCCCUGGUACCCAGACUCCCCCGGGCUCCACCCCACCUCACUGCAGAGCCCCAGAGCCCACCCAGAGGCCCUGGACUGUCUGUGAGCGCUGGAGGGAAAGCCUGCUGGAGCAUUAUGGUGGCACGGCCCGUGAUGACCAGUACGUGCCCCAGUGUGAUGAUCUGGGCCAGUUCGUCCCCCUGCAGUGCCAUGGGAAGAGUGACUUCUGCUGGUGUGUGGAUAAAGAUGGCAGAGAGGUGGAGGGCACCCGCUCCCAGCCAGGCAUCACCCCUGCAUGUAUACCCACGGUUGCUCCACCCACGGUCCUGCCGACUCCCCACUCUGAUGUGACCCCUCCCUCCGUGGGCACUUUCCUGCUGUAUGCCCAGGGCCAGCAAAUUGGCCACUUGCCCCUCAACGGGACCAGGCUUCAGAAGGACUCUGCCAAGACCUUGCUGUCACUGCAUGGCUCCAUAGUCGUAGGAAUUGACUAUGACUGCCGGGAGAGAAUGGUGUACUGGACAGAUGUUGCUGGACGAACAAUCAGCCGUGCCAGUCUGGAGCCAGGAGCAGAGCCCGAGACGAUCAUCAACACAGGUCUGAUAAGCCCCGAAGGGCUUUCCAUCGACCACUUCCGCAGAACCAUGUACUGGACGGACAGUGGCCUGGACAAGAUAGAGAGUGCCAAGCUGGACGGCUCUGAGCGCAGGGUCCUCUUCCACACAGAUCUGGUGAAUCCUCGAGCCAUCGCUGUGGAUCCAAUCCGAGGCAAUUUGUACUGGACAGACUGGAAUCGAGAAGCUCCUAAAAUUGAAACAUCUUCUUUGAAUGGAGAAAACAGAAGAAUUUUGGUGAAUAAAGACAUUGGGCUACCCAAUGGUUUAACCUUUGACCCCUUCUCCAAACAGCUCUGCUGGGCAGAUGCAGGAACCAAAAAACUGGAGUGUACACUACCUGAUGGAACUGGACGGCGUGUCAUUCAAAACAACCUCAACUACCCCUUCAGCAUCGUUAGCUAUGCAGAUCACUUCUAUCACACAGACUGGAGGAGGGAUGGUGUUAUAUCAGUAAAUAAGGACAGUGGCCAGUUUACUGAUGAGUACCUCCCAGAGCAGCGAUCACAUCUCUAUGGGAUAACUGCAGUCUACCCCUACUGCCCAGCAGGUCAAAUUCAUUCAACUAAGAACCAAUUAGAGUAUAUUAAGACUCUAAAAGUGAUUUUUGUUAUGGAUUCUUUCUGGCUAAGAGAUUAA